AUGUCAACAUCAGAGAACACAACAACAGUUAUAGUCCAUGAAGCUAUAAAUGAAGAAUAUGAGUACAUACAGUUUAACAAACAACUCCGUCUCAUUCGUUCGGUCAAAGAUGACAUGUACCAAAUGCAAAGUAUUUUGACAGCAUGUUUUGCUCCAGAUACUAAGAAACCACAAGACUGGUUUAGGAACCAAAGCACACAAGAACUUUUGAGCGAAGCACAGCGAGACAUACUUUUUUCUGAAAACAGUGAAGAACAGCGAGUAAGUAAAAAACCGCAGUCGCCAAAACUCUAUGAAAACAGUGAAGAACAGCGAGUAAGUAAAAAACCCCAGUCGCCAAAACUCUAUGAAAAUCGUGAAAAAUUGCCAAACGGUUUGAGAGGAUAUUAUGUACAUAGACUUCUUGUAAAUGCUGUUGCAAUGUGGGCGUCACCUCGCUAUGCUUGGAAUAUAUACAGACUUCUUGACGAAAUUCAUAGACAAGAACGUGAAGAGCUAGAGAACAAGCUUGAAGCAAAAGACAAAAGCAUUCAGAAAAGAAUACCACGUUCGGUACCAAAAGGAAAGGAAAAGAACUAUAAGUAUAUGAUUUAUACUGAAGAGAUGGAAAAUGAAGAAGAUAAAGAUAUGGUUAUAUUGCAUUUAGUCAGAAGAAACAACAAAAGCUUUUACGACCUUGCUAAGAUUUACAAAUCUGACAGAAAUUGGUUCUAUCGCGAAAACUUACCGAUUUCAAUGACACCGAAUGAAGAUGUGAAACAAAUAGUUCAAGAUACGUUACCUCAAACACACUAUGAUAUUAAAGGUUGUACAAUUCUUACAUUCAAAGAAGAUUUGCCAUUGUUAAAGGAAAAAAUAACAGAGUAUUUUGACAACUUCAAACAAGUAGAGUAG